AUGGAGGGUGGAGAGAGAGGGAGGAGGGUGGAGAAGGAGAAGGGAGGGGGGUUGGAGAGAGAGGCGAGGAGGGUGGAGAGAGAGGGGGGAGGUUGGAGAGAGAGGGGGAGGGUGAGAGAAGAGGAGGAGGGUGGAGAGAGAGGAGGGAGGGUGGAGAGAGAGAGGAGGAGGGUGGAGAGAGAGAGGGAGGAGGGAGGAGGGUGGAGCGAGAGAGGGAGAGGGUGGGAAGAGGAGGGAGGAGGGUGGAGAGAGAGGGAGGAGGGGUGGGAGAGAAGACGGGAGGAGGGUGGAGAGGAGAGAGGGAGGAGGGUGGAGAGAGAGGGAGGGAGAAACAAUAAUAACACGUCUUAAGCACGGCUCAAGGGAUGUAAUUUGGGAAGGAAAUGAGAGGCAGUGUCUAUCAUCAGGAUAUGGAGCUGCAUUGCAGUUGAAUAACAAGUAAUCAUGAUGAUUCCCUCAUAAAAGACUAAUGCUUAUUCCUUCCCCUCCUGAUCUCUCUCUCUCUCUCUCUAUAUGUCUCGUGUUCUAUCUCUCUCUCUCUCUCUAUCUUGUUCUCUCUCUCGCUCUCUCUCUGUCUAUUUUUCAUCUAUUCUCAUUCGCCUCAUUCCUACUCUCCCCCCCGCCAAGCCCUCUCCCGGCUUGGAUGUGUCAGCUGAAGAAUCCAGAGAACCUUGAAACUGUGGACAAUCGUCAUAGGGAUCUAUGAGCCAAUAUUUCUUGUGUUUUUUUCAGGAUCGCAUGAUUCCUCCUUACAUCUGGUAGUGUUGAAACAUCUAAAACCAGUGUUAAUAUUACUUUAGAAACGUCGCAUCAAAUUACGGUGGUAUGAAGGCACUCACGUGUGUGAUGUACCAGGUAGAGUGUGUGUGUGAUGUUAGACCCCGGUUAGCGGUGUGUGUGAAUUGUACCGGUAGCGUGUGGGUGGCGGUUGUGAGGAUGUGCAGGUGUGUAUAAGUGUGUUUAUACUGUACCCGGGGGUGUUUUUGAUUUGUUUUGAUUGGCUCAUUAGCAGACGCCCCAAUGGAGGGACAGCUAGUCUUACGGGUCCGGACAUCUAACUAAAAAACAUUACAGCACGACUAAAAACUUUACAUUGACAUACAUUUAAAAACAUUAACAUGUAGUGUGUGUGUGUGUGGCAGCUAUCAGUUACAACUGUACAGUCAGUUACAUACACACGACAAGGACGGUCACCAUGGGGAGAGGCAUUGUGUCCGCGGGGGAGGGUGGUGCUUUAUGGUUUUUUGAAAGAACCAGAUUUGCUGUUCACUUGUGCUAUAGAAGAUGGUAUGGAGCUCCAUGCACUCAGGCUCUGGUUUUAAUAAUGUACGUUUCCUUGAAUGACUGUGAAAGACCCAUGUCGGGUUGGGGGGAACGUGUGUGUUUCAGAGCGUGUUUGUAAGUUGGAUAUGCAAACAACUUGGAAUUUCCAAAACAUUCAUGUUUUUAUAAAAAUAAAGAAGUGAUGCAGUCAGUCUCCCUCAAUCUUAGCCCAGAGAGGACAAUGGCAAUGCAUGUAUUAAUAUCAGCCCUCUGAUUUACAAUGAAGAGCAAACGUUGCCGCUCGUUCUGGGCAAGCUGCAGCUAACUAGGUCCUGCUCUGUUCUGGGCCAGCUGCAGCUUAAACAGGUUUCCUGCUCUGUUUGGGCCAGCUGCAGCUUAACUCGCCUGCUCUGUUUGGGCCAGAGGAGCUAACUAGGUUCCUGCUCGUUUGGGCCAGCUUGCAGCUAACUAGGUCUUUCUUUGCAGCACUUGACAAUAUUGAUUGGACAAUAAUCAAGAAUAAUACAAAAAAGACCUGCAAGGACGUGUUUGGGAGUGGGUCGUGGCAUUAAAAGCAUGAGCAAUACUGUACUUACAGACAGACUUCUCCCCAUCUUUACAACCAAGGAAUCUAUAUUUCUUGGACAUGACAGUUUACAAUCCCAAUAUAAGGUAGCAAAGUUUAUUUUAGUUCUCUUUAACUUGUUCAACAAGCACCCCUUCAUCUACCAGAUUCAGACUUGAGGUCUUAGAAACUUAGGAAAGGAUGAUUUGUACCAAAUACAAUGCUCUACAAUAGGUUAGGUUUAGAGAUGUUCAGGAACGAAGACAUGACGCGGGAUUAGGAAAGAUGGGAGGCAUACUGGCGGAAAUAAAACAGUGCCAUUCACAACAGGAGCAAACUCUUGUGUACACGGGUAUUUCAGUGGACCUUCAGUUAGCUGUGAGUUGUGAUAGUGUAUAUGGUUGAACUCAUCAGCAUACAUGGACACACAAUGCUUUGUUUAAUGCCCGUGGAAGGUCAUGUUUUAAAAAAUAGAAAACGUGUGUGCGAUAAGGAGGGCCUAGACGAGUGCCUGUGGUACACCACACUUACAUGUUUGACAUCAGAGAAAAGAGUCCAUUUACAGAAAACCUCUGAGUUCAUUAUAAUAUUGCCAUUCAGCAGCUAUUCUAUUAGAUAGAUAGUUUGAAUCCACGGAUAUGAGCAGAGGUUGAAAAAGCCAUAACACAUACGUUUCUCAACAACAGGUUUAGAUCCUGACUGGUUGAAUCACGCCUGGCUAUGGCAAUACUGCUCUGGCCUCCCCGACCGAAGGCCACUAAGAAGAGGGUAGUGCAUAUGGCCCAGAUACAUCACUGGGGGACAAGCUCCUGCCAUCCAGACAUAUAACCAGGCGGGGCUUGGGUGUUUUUAUGGUGGUCAGAGGAAGGCCCUCAAAAUUGUCCAAAGGGACUCCAAGCCACCCUAGUCAUAGACUGUUCGUCUCUGCUACGCACGGCAAGCGGUCACCGGGUGCCAAGUAUUAGGUCCAAAAAGACUUCCAACCGCUUCUACCCCCAAGCCAUAAGACUCCUGAAACAGCUAUUCAUGGCUACCCGGGACGAUUUGUGUACGACCCCACCCAAUCCUUUUACGCUGAUGUACUUGUUAAUUAUGUAUGCACUAGGUCACUUUAAAACUCUUACCCACAUGUAACAUUAUUACUUCAACACUACUCAACUAGACGGGCCCCCGCACAUUGAUCUGCACGUUUACCACCCGUAUAUAUAGACUCCCUACCGUUAUUUUAUUUUACUUCGGCUCUUUUUUCUCAACACUUUUUUGUUGUGUUUUAUUUACUGUUUCUAUUAAAAAUAAAUGCACUGUUUAUAUUGGUUAAGUGGAUGUAGUAAGAAUUCACGGUAAUGUAGCACUUGGUAUUUGGCCGCCAUUGACCAAUAAAAAUUGAUUGAUUGGAUUUGAUUUAGUAGCAGUAGUAGUAGCUCGUAUGUCGUCAGUAGUAGCCAAGUAGAGUAGGAAUAGCAGCAAGUAGUAGUAGUAGCAAGCCAAGUAGUAGUGUAGGUAGUAGUAGUAGGCUAUAGUCAGUAGCAGUAGACGUGCCAGUAGACUUAGCAGUAUAGAAAGUAGUCUAGUAGACAGUGAGUAAGUAAGUAGUAGCAGUAGUGCGCAGUAGUACGCAAGCAGUCAGUAGUAGUAGUAGUAGUAGUAGCAGUGAAUUAGUAAGUAGUAGUAGUAGUAGAGCAAGCGAAGUAGUAGUAGAGUAGUAGUAGUAGUAGUGUAGUAGUAGCCAGUAGCAGUAGUUAGCGUAGUAGCAGUAGUAGUAGCAGUAGUGAAUUCAGUAGCAGAUAGUAGUAGUAGUGUAAGCGUAAGCCGUAGCUAAAGUAGCAGUACCCCCUUAGACACACCUUAAGGAAGAGCGGGUGUAAAGCAGAGUUAUAGUAGAGAGUAGGGCAGCAGACAGUACCAGUAGUAGUAGUAGUAGCCGUACCGCCAGCAGAAGAAGUAGAAAGUUUCAGCAGUACUGAGAAGUAGUGAAACAGUAGCAGUAUAGGAGUAGCAGUCUAGUCAAGUUGAAAGAGACACAGUGAGAGGGUAUAGUAUAGGAGACCAAGAAGUAAAGGAAGAUAAACUAAGGGAAGAAAUAGGAAAGAAGUAGAGCGCAGACGUAGCAGAGUAGAGACAGUGGAGUAGUAGUAGUAGUAGGGAGUAAGUAGUAGUAGUAGCAAAGCAGUGAGUAGUAGUAGUAGCAUGAAGCGCGCAGUAGUAGCGAGCGGUAGCAGUCACAGAGCUAGCAGUAAAAGACCAGUAGUAGAAGAGUAGGGAGGCAGGAAAAAAGCGUGGUAGCAGUAUAAAGAAGUAGUAGAGAGCAGUAGUAGUAAGCAGUAGUAGUAGCCAAAAGGUAAGUAGUAGUAGUGGUACGCAGUAAGAGUAGUAGCCGUAGUAGGUCGUCGCAGUAGUGAAAGAAUAGAAAAAGUAAACCAACAGAGUAGUAAGCAGUAGACGUCGAUACAAGCGAGUAGUAGAGUAGUGAGUAGAUAAGGCAGAAGUAGUAGAAGUAGUAUUGACAGUAGUAGUAGUACGUAGAAGCAAGAGUAGUAGUAGUAGUAGUACCAGUAGCGUAGUAGCAGAAGUAAGCAAUAGUAAUAGCAGUAGUAGCGCUAGCCCCACCAGCACAGAGACUGUAGCAAGAGAUAGACGUGGAAGCUAAGUAGUAGCAGUAGUAGUAGCAGUAGUACCACACCGUCCCACACCCCCCCAUAGUAGUAGUAAAGUAGCACAAAGAUGAAGUAGUAGUAGUGUAGUACAGUAGUAGUGGUACGCAGUAUAGUAGCAGUAGUAGUAGCAGUUUGAAUAGCAGUAGCAAAAGUCAGCAGAUAGCAGAAAAGCAGACACAGAAACGCCAGCAAGAGUAGGAAGGAAGUAGCAGUAGGUAGAGUAGUAGAGCAGUAGUGAUUAGCGCGUAGUCAGUAGUAGAGUGUAAGAGAAGUAGUAGUAGUGAAGAGUAGUAGUAAGUAUCGUAUUAAGCAAGCAAACAGUGUGAGACUAGUUAGUAGCAACAGUUAGGGUAGUAGUAAGUACAGUAUAGAACAGUAGUGGGGAGUAGUAGUAGUAAGGCACAACAGUAGUACCGUGAAGUAGUAGGCAAAAAGUAGUCGAGCAGUGGCAGCAGAGUAGACGUAGGACAAUAGUAACUUGGUAGCGUAGUUUGUAGUAGUAUGAGGCAGUAAGAUGUAGCCAAGGAUAAAGUAUCCAGCAGCAGUAGUAGAAGUUAGUAAGACCAGUGAGUAGUAGUAGCAGUAUAUAGUAGAGCAGGUAGUAGCGUGAGUAGUAGCUAGUAGAGUAGUAGGAGUGGAGCAGACGUAGCAGUAGUGAGUAGCAGUAGUGUAGUAGGUAGUAGUCGAAGAGUAGUAGUAGUGAGCAAAGCCAAGCUGGCAGUGAGUUAGAGUAGCAGCCGAGCCCCAGGAGUUAGAUGGUUAGCAAGAGUAGUAGAAGCCAAAGUAGUAGUAAGUAGCAAGUAGUAGAAAGUAGUAGCUAGGAAGUAGUAGUUAGUGUAGCGGUAGCAGUAAGUAAGUGUAAGCAGUAGUGAGGACUAGCAGAGUAGUAGAAGUAGAGUAGCAGUAAAGACGUAAGCCAAGUAGUAGGUAGUUAGUAGUAGAGUAGCCGAGUAUUAGUAGUAAGUUGCAAGUAGUGAAGUAGUAUGAGUGUAGUAGUAGUAGAGAAGCAGUAAAAGGGAGUAGUAGUUAGAGAGUAGUAGCAAGUCAGUAGUUAGUAGCAGUAGUGAGCAGAGAGAAAAGUGCAGCGUAGAAAGUAAGCAAGUAGUAGCAGUAGGAUAGGAGCAUAGUGCUAGAAUGAAAGUAGUAGUAGUAGAGUAGUAGUAGCAGUUAGUCGUAGUAGGAGUAGUAGUAAGUAGUAGCAGUACUAGUAGUAGUUCGUGCGUGCGUAAGCCGCUAGCAGUAGCAGAAACAGAAGCGAGAAGAGAAGCAAGAAGAAGCAACAGAAGUAUGUCAGAUAGUAGCCAGUAGUAGAAAAUGUGAACAGCAUAGUAGUAAUUAGCAGUAGUCGUAGUAGUAGUGAGUAGGUUAGUCGUAGUCGUCGUGUACAGUAGAGUAGUCUUAGCCGCCCACCGUCGUCGUCUAGUAAGAAAGAGCACAAAAGUGUAUAGUAGUAGUAGUAGCACCAGUAGUAGUCGUAAGAGUAGGCAACAGUAGUAGUAAGUCAGCAGAGUAGUAGUAGCAGGUAGCAGCAGCAGCAGUAGUGACGUAGCAAUAGGAGUAUAAUGUGCAGUAGUCUGUAGUAGUAUGCGCAGUAGAGUAGAAGUAGGCAGUAGUAGAGCAGAGAAAGUCAAGUCGUAGUUGAGGGUUCGGAGUAGCAGUUUGUAAAAGUAAGUGGAGCGUGUUAGUAGUAGUAGGUAGUGUAGUAGUAGCGGUAGCAAGUGAAGUAGUAGUCAGCUGUGUAGUAGUUAGUGUAGUAGUAGUUAGUAGUAGGUAGCAGUUAGUAGUAGUAGCAGUAGUGGUAGUAGUAGUAGUAGGAGAGAGAAAAGACUGAGGACGAAAAAAGCAGGGCUACGGUGUGCGGAAAGGGAAAGACCGAUAGAAGUCGGUAAGGGCCCAGGGGAACGGUGGACGCAAAGUCAGUAAAGAUCACAGUAGAACCGUCGCUAGUAGUAAGUAGUAGUAAGUAGUAUGUAGUGCAGUAAUAGUAGUAGCAGUAUAGCGAGUUUAGUAACAUAGCAGUUAGUAGUUAGUAAGUAGUAGGAGUAGUAGUAAGUAAGCAGUAGUAGAGUGUAGAGCAGUCUAAGAUUAAGUAGUUAAAGUAGUAGUGAAAGUCGAAGUGCAGUAGUAGUAGUCAGUAGUCAGUAGUAGGUAGUCAUUGCACUUAGUUAAGUAGUAGUAGCGCAGUAAGCAGUAAGAUAGUUAGUAGACGUAGCGUACAGAGGGCGUAGCGUGAGCGAGAGUAAAGUAGUAGCAGUAAGUAGAUAGUCGUAGUCGUAGAGUAGUCGUAGUAGCAGCAGUCGUAGACGAGUGUAGUGAGUAGUAGCAGUAGCAGUAGUAGUAAUGGCAGUAGUAGAAGUAGUAGCAGCCGUAGUAGUAGCAGUUAGUGCAGUAAGUAGUGAGUAGAGUAGCAGCGUAGUAGUAGUAGCGUGUAGCAGUAGCGUAGUAGUAGUUAGUGAAGUAGUAAGUUAGCACAGUAGUAGUAGUAAAGAAGUAGUAGGCAAGCACGUAGUAGCAGUAGUGUAGUAGAUUAGCAGCAGUAGUUAGUAGUAGCAGUAGCAGUAGUAGUAGCAGUAGCAGUAGCGAGUAAGCAGUAGUAGUAGCUAGCAGUUAGUAGUAGUAGUAGAAGCAGUAGUAGUAGCGUAGCUGCAGUAGUAGUAGUGAUAGCAAGCAGUAGUGUAGUAGGCAGUAGCAGUAGUAGUAGCAAGUAAGCAGUAGUAGUAGUAGUAGUAGUAGUAGUCGUAGUCAGUAGUAGCAGUCUAGCAGUAGUAUAGUAGUGCAGCAGGGUAGUUUAGUAGUAGUAGCAGUAGACGUAGCAGUUAGAUGUAGCAGUAUUGUGGUAACAGAAGCAGCAGCGUAUUUUGCCUUGGUAUUUUUACUGGAAGAAGGAAGAGCAUUCAUCAAACCGGAGGCAUCCACCCAGGUAUUCAUAAUGCCCCGUGGUGGGUGAACGCUGUCUUAAUCAUCCCCCUCUAAGACACGCACCAGGUUGUACGCACUCCGGAGAUCUUGCUAAUUUUGUGAAAAAACAAGAAGCGCGCCCCAUGCAGUGACUAUAUCACAGAUGGAAAUGAAGGGUUAGAGGAUAAACUUAUAACGUAUUGCCCCUUGUUCAGGCUCGGUAAUCAUGCAAGGGCGCAGACCUCCGUCUUUUUCUUCACAAAAAAAGAAACUCGAGGAGCGGGCGGAAGUGGAAAGCGAAGGGGGAGUAUGAACCCCUGGCGCAUGGACUCGGGACGUAUGCUCCAUCGCCUCCGUUUCAGCCUCGAUCAGGGAUACACUGACACCUGGGAGGCACAGCGUCUACCCUGCGGGUUAUUGCGCAAUCCCCGGCCCGAUGAGGGGUGGUCAUUUGGGCCUGCGUUUGGAAAAUGUGUGCCCCAAUCGAGGUAUUCAGGGGAAUCCACACUGUGGAGGUUGUGUCUGGAACUUUCACAUGGUUUGCACCAACGGGAAACACCUUAGACCACCUACGCUGACACUCUCGCGGACCCACCCCGUGAGAAACCCUCUGCGGCCAUGAAAAGGUGGGGGUGUGUAGUGCUAACCAGGGAAGGACCUAACACAACAGGGAUAUACAGAGAUUCACUAAUUAAAAAAGGUGACUUAGAUCUCUAUGGGCUCGAGAGUAACCAUAGUGACGGGUGCUGUACUUCCCAACGAACCGGCCCACUAAUGGUCGACUGUCAAGGGUGUCUGAUGGGGAGUGGAAUGCAUAGGGGAACCAAUGUAAUGCCUAGGACUAGGUGCAAUGACCGUUCCCAUAAAGUCCCGGUGCGCCUGCAAUCGACUAGCGCCUUAUUGGGGAUCUACCGUGGUAUACGGGAAAGUGGAUGUGUAGGGUGCAGUGCGCAGCAGUGGCUCGGAAAGCGUUUGUGGGCUGUUUGGAUAACUGGGGCCCCCCGGUGAGUGCGAGAGUGCACUUGCCUGCUGCCUCCAGACCCAAAAGAACGCAGGACGACACGUGCGGUGUAAUUGUAAUGUCCCUUCGUGCCACCAGAGUGACACUGGCGCUGUGUACCCUCGCUCUCUCGGAUCGCUGAUACCCACCAGCUCAUAUCAGCUGGUUGAUGCCGGGUUUGGGGGGGGGGGGGGCGGAACGGGCAGGGACCCUUCCCAGAACGUCCUAUAGAAGCAAGCAGGUUGUCAAAAACGGGAUGGCCAAGUCUGCACGGUUCUCACACCCUGACUCUCAGAGGACCAUCCUCUCGCCCGCCUCUCUACCUUUGGGCGGGUGAUCGAAGACGGCCCGAAAGAGGCGAGCGAACUCCCCGUAGUUGUCUCGGGAAAAGCCCUGGAGUGGGGCCAACGCGGUCUGGAGUGAAGGAGGAUCCUCGUUGGCCCACUCCAGGGCUUUUCCCGAGAGGCAGGAGACGAUGGAGCCGGGCUGAUGUUUGAUAAGUAUAACUCCAGUUGUAGGAGGAAUCCCUGGCAGAGGGCAGCUGUCCCGUUGAAAUCCCAUGGUCGGGAUAUAUGAAUCCUUCUGGGUGCUGGGGUGUGGGUGGCUGGAUCCGGUUGCUCAGCUGGUCCUGAAAGAUCGUGUCCUCUCCUAUCCAGGCGUUGGACGACCUGGAGAACCCGAUCCAUCGCUUCUCCCAAGCUGUCUAGCAUCGUUGAAUGCUCCCGGACCCGUGCCGCGACUCCAGGCAUGUGCUCCUCUCCUGCUGACUCCAUGUCUGGUGUGUGAUUCUGUGAUGAGGUGAUGUCAAGGAGUCAGGCGCAGGAGGGUAAUUCACAGAAUAACAGGCUUUAUUCCGCAAAUACAGAGGUCUGCAGUAAUGCGUCAGAAAACACUCCAGUGCGCAAAACAGGCGCGCUGGAAAAUACAAGGCACACGGGGAAAAUAUCACGGCGAUACAAAAUACACAGAGCUCCACCGAGCUUCACUAUCCUCCACAAUAAACAAUGCACACACAAAGGACAAGGGGGCAGAGGGAACACUAUACAGGUACUGAUGAGGGGAUAUGAACCAGGUGUGUGUAAUAAACAAGACAAAACAAAUGGAAUGAUGAGAUGAGGGGCGGCAGUGGCUAGAAGGCCGGUGACGACGAACGCCGAAGCCUGCCCGAACAAGGAGAGGUUGGCUGCCUUUCCUUCACUCUGCGGUCCAACUCAUCCCAAUAAAUCUCAAUUGGGUUGAGGUCGGGUGAUUGUGGAGACCAGGUCAUCUGAUGCAGCACUCCGUCACUCUCCUUCUUGGUCAAAUAGCCCUUACACAGCCUCGGGAGUGUGUUGGGUCAUUGUCCUGUUUACAAAACAAAUGAUAGUCCCACUAAGCGCAAUCCAGAUGGGAUGGCGUAUCGGUGGAGAAUGCUGUGGUAGCCAUGCUGGUUAAGUGUGCUUUGAAUUCUAUUUAAAUCACCGACAGUGUCACCAGCAAAGCACCGCUGAUGCGGUGGAUUGAGACGCAUCCAAUGCAAAACAACAGAUCUCUCUAGCUUAAACUGAUGGAUUUCGAUGGGGAUUUUUUGGUCAUGUAUCUUAUACUGAACAAAAACGCAACAUGCAACAAUUUCAAAGAUUUUACUGAUUUACAGUUCAUAUAAGGAAAUCAGUCAAUUGAAAUAAAUUCAUUAGGCCCUAAUCUAUGGAUUUAACAUGACUGGGAAUACAGAUAUGCAUCUGUUGGUCACAGAUACCUUUAAAAAAAUUGACCUCACAAUGGGCCUCAGGAUCUCGUCACGGUAUUUCUGUGCGUUCAAAUUGCCAUCAAUAAAAUGCAAUUGUUUUCGUUGUCCGUAGCUUAUGCCUGCCCAUACCAUAACUCCACCGCCACCAUGAGGAACUCUAUUGACAACGUGGACAUCAGCAAACCGCUCGCCCACACGUCGCCGUACACGUGGUCUGCGGUUGUGAGGCCGGUUGGACGUACUGGUUCCAAACAUCUUCCAUUUAAGAAUGAUGGAGGCCACUGUGUUCUUGGGACCUUCAAUGUGCAGACAUUUUUUUGUACCCUUCCACAGAUAUCUGUGCCUCGACACAAUCCUGUCUCGGAGCUCUACGGACAAUUCCUUCGACCUCGUGGCUUGGUUUUGCUCUGACAUACACUGUCAACUGUGGGACCCUUUUAUAGACAGGUGUGUGCCUUUCCAAAUGAUGUCCAAUCAAUUGAAUUUACCACAGGUGGACUCCAAUCAAGUUGAUAGGUCAGCUACAUCACCAUCCCUGCUCCAUGAUAGGUCAGCUACAUCAUCAUCCCUGCUCCAUGAUAGGUCAGCUACAUCAUCAUCCCUGCUCCAUGAUAGGUCAGGCUACACAUUCAUCCUGCUCCAUGAUAGGUCAGCUACAUAUCAUCCCUGACUCCUCCAUGAUAGCGUCAGCUACCAUCAUCAUCCCUGCUCCUCCAUGAUAGGCAGCUGAAAUCAUCAUCUCUUGCUCAUCAAUGAAUAGGUCAGACAUCACCAUCCUGAUCCAUGAUAGGUCAGCUAAUCACCAUCCCUGCUCCAUGCUAGGUCAGCUACAUCAUCAUCCGGAUCCAGAUAGGUCAGCUACAUCAUCAGUCCCUGAUCAAUGAUAGGUUCAGCUACUCAUCAUCCCUGCUCCAUGUAGGUCAGCUACAUCAUCAUCCCGCUCCAUGAUAGCGUAGCUACAUCAUCAUCCUGCUCCAUAUAGGUCAGCUACAUCAUUCAUCCCUGCUCCAUAUAGGUCAGCUACAUCAUCAUCCCGGCUCCUCCAUGAUAGGUCAGCUACAUCAUUCAUCCCUGCUCCUCCAUGAUAGGUCAGCUACAUCAUCAUCCUGCCUCCUCCAUGGAGAGGUCAGCUACAUCAUCAUCCCUGCUCCUUCCAUGAUAGUGUCAGCUACAUCCUUCCCGCUCCAUGAUAGUCGCUACAUCAUCAUCCCUGCUCCUCCAUGAUAGGUCAGCUACAUCAUCAUCCCUGCUCCAUGAUAGGUCAGCUACAUCAUCAUCCCUGCUCCUCCAUGAUAGGUCAGCUACCAUCUUCAUUCCUGCCUCCAUGAUAGGUCAGUACAUCAUCAUCCCUGCUCCUCCAUGAUAGGUCAGCUACAUCAUCAUCCCUGCUCCUCCAUGAUAGGUCAGCUACAUCAUCAUCCCUGCUCCAUGAUAGGUCAGCUACAUCAUCAUCCCUGCUCCAUGAUAGGUCAGCUACAUCAUCAUCCCUGCUCCAUGAUAGGUCAGCUACAUCAUCAUCCCUGCUCCAUGAUAGGUCAGCUACAUCAUCAUCCCUGCUCCAUGAUAGGUCAGUUACAUCAUCAUCCCUGCUCCAUGAUUAGUCAGCUUACAUCACCAUCCCCUGCUCCAUGAUAGGUCAGCUACAUCAUCAUCCCUGCUCCUCCAUGAUAGGUCAGCUACAUCACCAUCCCUGCUCCAUGAUAGGUCAGCUACAUCAUCAUCCCUGCUCCAUGAUAGGUCAGUUACAGCAUCAUCCCUGCUCCAUGAUAGGUCAACUACAUCAUCAUCCCUGCUCCAUGAUAGGUCAGCUACAUCAUCAUCCCUGCUCCAUGAUAGGUCAGCUACAUCAUCAUCCCUGCUCCAUGAUAGGUCAGCUACAUCAUCAUCCCUGCUCCUCCAUGAUAGGUCAGCUACAUCAUCAUCCCUGCUCCUCCAUGAUAGGUCAGCUACAUCAUCAUCCCUGCUCCUCCAUGAUAGGUCAGCUACAUCACCAUCCCUGCUCCUCCAUGAUAGGUCAGCUACAUCACCAUCCCUGCUCCUCCAUGAUAGGUCAGCUACAUCACCAUCCCUGCUCCAUGAUAGGUCAGCUACAUCAUCAUCUCUGCUCCAUGAUAGGUCAGCUACAUCAUCAUCCCUGCUCCUCCGUGAUAGGUCAGCUACAUCAUCAUCCCUGCUCCUCCAUGAUAGGUCAGCUACAUCACCAUCCCUGCUCCAUGAUAGGUCAGCUACAUCAUCAUCUCUGCUCCAUGAUAGGUCAGCUACAUCACCAUCCCUGCUCCAUGAUAGGUCAGCUACAUCACCAUCCCUGCUCCAUGAUAGGUCAGCUACAUCAUCAUCCCUGCUCCAUGAUAGGUCAGCUACAUCAUCAUCCCUGCUCCUCCAUGAUAGGUCAGCUACAUCAUCAUCCCUGCUCCUCCAUGAUAGGUCAGCUACAUCAUCAUCCUCUUGCUCCCAUGAUAGGUCAGCUAUCAUCAUCAUCCCUGCUCCUCCAUGAUAGGUCAGCUACAUCACAUCCCUGCUCAAUGAUAGCGUCAGCUACAUCAUCAUCCCUGCUCAUGAUAGGUCAGCUACAUCACCAUCCCUGCUCCAUGAUAGGUCAGCUACAUCACCAUCCCUGACUCCAUGAUAGGUCAGUACAUCAUCAUCCCUCCCGCCAUGAUAGGUCAGCUACAUCACAAUCCCUGCCUACAUGAUAGGUCAGCUACAUCAUCAUCCCUGACCUCUCCAGGAUAGGUCAGCUAAUCAUCACCUCCUCCAUGAGAGGUAAGCUACAUCAUCAUCCAGCUCCAUGAUAGGUCAGAUACAUCACCAUCUCCCGCUCCAUGUAUAGGUCCGAUACAUCUCAUACCUGACUCACAGGAUAGGUCAGCUACAUCAUCAUCCCUCCUCAUGUAGGGCGAACUACAUAAUCAUAACCGCUCCUACCUGAUAGUAAGCUUACAUCAAUCAUCCCUGCUCCAUGAAUAGGUGCAGCUCCAUCAUCAUCCCUGCUCCUCCAUGAAGUCAGCACAUCAUCAUCCUGCUCUCAUGAUAGGUCAGCUACAUCAUCAUCCCUGAUCCAGGAAGGUCAGUACAUCAUAUCCCUGCUCCAUGAAGGUCAGGCUCCACAUCAUCACUGCUCCUCAGUCUCACAUCAUCAGCCCUGCUCCAUGAUAGGUCAGCGAUACAUCAUCAUCCCUGCUCCUCCAUGAUAGCGUCAGCUACAUCAUCAUCCCUGCCUCCAUCCAUGAUUAGGUACAGCCUACAUCAUCAUCCCUGCCUCCUCCAUGAUUAGGUCAGCUACAUCAUCAUCCCUGCUCUGAUAGGUCAGCUACAUCAAUCCAUCCCUGCCCCCUCUCCAUAAUAAGGUCAGCUACAUCACCAUCCCCUGCUCACAUGAUAGGUCAGAAUUACAUCACCAAUCCCUUCCUCCCUGAUAGCGUCAGCCCCUACAUCACCAUCCCUGAACUCCAUGAUAGCGUCAGCUACAUCACCAUCCCUGCCUCCAUUGUAGGUCAGCUACAUCACAAUCCCUCCCUCCAUGAUAGGUCACUAACAUUCCACCAUCCCUCCUCCAUGAUAGGUCAGCCUACAUCACCAUCCCUGCCUCAAUGAUAGGUCAGCCUACAUCACCAUCCCUCCUCAUGAUAGGUCAGCUACAUCACCAUCCCUGCUCCAUGAUAGGUCAGCUACAUCACCAUCCCUCCUCCAUGAUAGGUCAGCUACAUCACCAUCCCUGCUCCAUGAUAGGUCAGCUACAUCACCAUCCCUCCUCCAUGAUAGGUCAGCUACAUCACCAUCCCUGCUCCAUGAUAGGUCAGCUACAUCACCAUCCCUCCUCCAUGAUAGGUCAGCUACAUCACCAUCCCUGCUCCAUGAUAGGUCAGCUACAUCACCAUCCCUGCUCCAUGAUAGGUCAGCUACAUCACCAUCCCUCCUCCAUGAUAGGUCAGCUACAUCACCAUCCCUCCUCCAUGAUAGGUCAGCUACAUCACCAUCCCUGCUCCAUGAUAGGUCAGCUACAUCACCAUCCCUGCUCCAUGAUAGGUCAGCUACAUCAACCAUCCCUCCUCCAUGAUAGGUUCAGCUACAUCACCAUCCCUCCUCCAUGCAUAGGUCAGCUACAUCACCAUCCCUCCUCCAUGAUAGGUCAGCUACAUCACCAUCCCUGCUCCAUGAUAGGUCAGCUACAUCACCAUCCACACCUACCUCAUCUGUAUAACUGCCAGAGAUCGUUGACUAAGUCAGUCCUGUGUGGUUGCGGUUUGCUGUAGUGCAGCUACUGUAUGGUUGCGUCCCAAAUGGCACCCUAUUCCCUAUGUAGUGCACUACUUUUGACCAAAGCCCUUUGACAAGAGCCCUAUGAGCCCUGGUCAAAAGUAGUGCACUACAUAGGGAAUAGGGUGCCAUUUGGGACCCACUGCAUACUCUGACCUCUUUUAAAGGGCCUGUGAGGAUGUUUAUCUCCAGCUAAUCCUAACGUACAGGUUGUGUAUUGAUACAGUUCGCUACCCACAGGAUCAAUAAGCUAGUGAGGACAUAAUGGAGUCUCUCUGAGGGCGACUGGACUGGUCUGGCUGAGCAACUAACGUUUAGAGGUCCACACACACACACACACACACACACACACACACACACACAAAUAACACAGACACACACACACACACACACACACACCACACACACACACAAACUGAAGUUUAGAGGCCCGUGGGAUGGAUGCUGCAUAUAUCUACUGCAUCUACAGGCAUGGCAUCCAUCUUGACUCUGUCCAAACUGUUUUAAUCAACAUCUAAUUAGUGGUGGUUCAUUGGGUGACACUUCAAUACUUGGCAGGAUUAAUUCAUUAAUUAAGUAAAAUUGUCUAAAGCAUCUGCCCAAUGAAAUGUUUUGAAAUGUUUAAACGAGCAAAUUAGUGACCCCAUUCAGAAAGAUGGCAAAUAAACAAAUAUUCACAACAGCUUGUUAUUAACUGUUGCCCAAAGAGUGUUAUUUCAGUUAAGUAUCUAAAAAAAUGUUAUAUCUUUUUUUUUUUUUUUUUCUAGUUUUUUCGAUUUCUUAUUAUUAUAAAAAAAAAUUUGGGGGGGGGGGGGGGGGGGGGGGGUCAGCUUAAUAUUGCAGAUAGAUUGUAUCUUCUAUCAAUGUAAUUGUCUGCAUCACUUCCAAUCCCCCAUGUUUUUUAUAUAUAUACUCCCCUUUAUUACUUUUCAACCCCGCCAUCCUUUCCCUACUUGGAGUAAAUUAGUGAACAACAAUGCCCAGGCCUCUACUUCCGGUCUAUACUUACUAUCUACACCUUAGUUAAGUAACUCUUGAUUUCAAAGUCUUUCUAAAGGCUGCUAUCUAAUAUAAUUACAUCAUCGUUACAUCAACAUCAUUUUUGGUGUUUGAAGAUGUUAGUGUAAUAACACUCUCUCUCAACAUCAUGGUCUAGUCAGGCAUUAGAAGUUCAUGUUUUUAAGUAAUCUCAACAAAACUCAACAACAAACAGUUCUAUUAAAUUAUUUGCUAUAGGGAGCAGUUACAGGGAGAAAGGGAGUUGAUCCACAUCACUGUUACAAAAUAGUGCUGUUCCAGAAUAUCCAGCCAUUCUAGACAAUGCAAACAUUCCAGAGCACUCAGCCAUUCUGGAAGAUUCAGACAUUCUAGAACACCCAGAUAUUCUAGAUAGAACACCCAGACAUUCUAGAAGAUUAAGACAUUCUAGAACACCCAGAUAUUCUAGAUAGAACACCCAGACAUUCUAGAAGAGUCAGACAUUCUAGAACGCCCAGACAUUGUAGAAAGAACACCCAGAUAGUCUAGAUAGAACACCCUGGCAUUCUAGAGAGAACAUUCUAGAAUAUUCAGCCAUUCUACAACACACGAUCCACUAACAAACACCAAUCAGUCCAUCCUGGCACUAAUGAAAUAUGAUAAUACUUUGUCUUGAUGUGUUUACAUCAGAGGCUGGCGUGGAGAUGGAGGCUGCCAAUGUGGAGAAGAAGUUGAUAGUUGCCACCUGGGUAAUCGCUGUGCUCCCAAGCGUUUCAGCACAGCCAAACUUCUGCAAGGAAACAGAAGAACACAUUUGCACUAAAUGA